GGUCUCACCAUCUCUCACUACCUCGACUGCUCUCCCAACGUCGUCAGCAUCUUCAAAGAAGUCAACAAGCUGGUUCUUGUUGUCACGAUAGGCUUGGUCUCCGUCUCUCUCCUCCGCACCUUCAGACCCUCACCUUCUCGCUCCUCAUGAUCGCCCGACUGUCGCCUGCCUCGCUGGCAUGGCUACUCUUCAGUACCUCUGCCCAAGCUUCAUAUGUCAUUGAGGGUCUGUCCUUCGGCCACAAGGGUGCUAUCUCACCCAACGGACGCGCCGUUCCUGGUUGGCACCUUUCUGGAGAGAACCACACCCCUCAACUGCUCUCAGAUCGCAUCAUCCUCACACCUCCGGCUCCCGGCGGUACAAGAGGUGCUAUCUUCGCCGACAAUCCCAUCACCCAACCCGAAUGGGUCGUCGAGACCGAGUUCCGUGCUUCGGGUCAAGAGCGUGGUAGUGGAAACUUGAACUUCUGGUUCGUUGAUACUGGUCGUUCUGCUGUCGGUCAGAGCAGUAUAUAUACAGUCAGCAAAUUCGACGGUCUUGCUCUGGUCGUUGAUCAAUACGGUCCUCGUGGAGGCUCUAUUCGUGGUUUCCUGAACGACGGCUCUGCCAACUUCAAGGACCACCACAACGUUGACAGUCUGGCCUUUGGUCAUUGCGAUUACGCAUACCGCAAUUUGGGUCGACCAAGCAAGUUGCGCAUCGAGAACGGCGCUCACGGUCUCCGCGUUGACAUCGACGGCACAUCCUGCUUCCACAGCGAGAAGGUCAACCUUCCUCCGGGUUACUUCUUUGGUAUCUCGGCUGCUGCUUCUGAGAACCCCGACUCGUUCGAGGUCUACAAGUUUUCUGCUUCUACCACAAACUCCAUCAGCCGUGAGGAGCCUAAUGUCGAGGCCAAACGUCAACAUAUUGAAAAGCUCGACAAGUUCCCCGGCGCCCCAGAGGCUCUCCCUGACGCCGAUGCCAGUACUAUCAAGGCUCAGGCUGAUCAGUUCGCCGAUCUUCACAACCGUCUGCAAGGCAUGACUCACCAAAUUGCAAACAUGUUUGGCGAGUUUGAACGUCUUUCUCGCCAGAUGAACGAGCGUCAUGCCGAGUUGAUGGCCAAGGUUGCCGGUACCAAUGCUGGCGAUUCGAGCGACAAGCCUCAGCAACCUACUGGAGAAGCUCUUUUGCCUCUCAGCCGUCGUGUUGAGAACAUUGAGCGUAUUGCGCUUGCCAUUCAGCGUGACGUCGAAGGCAAGGACUACCGCGAGCACUUGACAAAUUUGCAACAGUCCAUCGAGGGCGUCCGUGGAGGUCUGACCGAACAUCUCCCCGAAACCAUCGCUCACAUGAUCUCCACCGCCGCGCCCAAGAUGGGUAUGUUCAUCUUCGUCGUCAUCGCCUUCCAGGUCAUGCUCGCCGGCGCCUACAUAAUCUACAAGAGACGCAGAGCAAACGCCCCCAAGAAGUACUUGUAGUGCUCUCUCAGUAAAUCUUCUUGUAUAGCCUCUUCUUUUUUGCAGAGUUUUCUUGUCUUUGUCGAUGUAUCAAGAUUAGCGGUUCUUCUUGGUUCAAAGCGACCGUCUUGUAGUUUUGGAGCGGGGCUUUUUACAUACCUAACAUUUGUUGUAUAGAGAGGAGACUUUCAAAGAUAUCAAACACGAAACUUUGUACACACACAAGCUGAGGAUACAAGAGAAAUUGCAACAAGAAAAUAACUCUAUCACACAAGGAGAAGGGAUGUGCUGCCUUUUAUGAGACAAUGCCAAAAGAUACUACUACGCUAGAGAAACCCCUAAAGCUUAUGCAAGAGCAAAAAAAGAAGAGAAUUGCAGCGAGUAGGAUUCGAACCCACGAUCUCCUUGCUUCGAGGAGGGUCAGGCACCUCAGAAGGUCGCAAGGCCGC